CUGGUUUACCUUGGCAACCACUGUGGAGAAUGGAAUUCCACAACAUGUAGCAACUGUUGGCAGGGAGAAUUGUUUCAUAAUGCCACCAAGUCUUUACUAAGUCUAUUGGAACCCACUGUGGCUAAGAUCCAACAUGACCUCAGUGAUUCUCAAUCCAGAUGGCUCAUCAACAGCAUCUAGAACCUACUCCUAUAGCAGCCACCCUCGACCUGUGCCUGUCAGAAAGCGUUAUCGAAAGUCCAUGUUAACCAAAGAAAGUCCAGACGGUCCAGUUCGGUAUGGGAACCUCAUGUAUGACCGGCGUGUGGUUCGAGGCAAUACAUAUGCUGCUCACACAUUACCUUGGAGUCCUGAACCUGAUCCCAUUGAGAUUCAGAAGCAACAAGAAGCCCACAGAAAGAUGCUUGCCAGAAGGCGUGCAAAAGAGGAAAGUGAAGUACAUGCCCCAGAAGUUGAUGAUGCUACAAGACGUGCUGAUGUGCAGACAGAAUUAUACCUGGAAGAAAUUGCAGAUCGUGUCCUUGAAGCUGAUAUGGAAUGUCAAACAGAUGCUUUUCUGGGGAGAAAAGCCAGUCCUUUCUUCAUUCCAGAGAAGACUGGGUCAGAUGCAUCUACACAAAUAGAAGAAGGAGAGCUCUUUGACUUUGACAUUGAAGUGAAACCAGUACUUGAAGUCUUGGUUGGAAAAACCACAGAGCAAGCUUUGUUAGAAGUCGCAGAAGAAGAAGAGAUGGCCACACUUCGGGCACACCAGGCUGCCUAUCAGGAACUGCGCAAUGCAGAGAUAGCUGAACUCCAUCGCCUUGAAGAAAGAGAGAGGCGAGCCAAAGGGGAAAAGGUACACCGUAUGGAGCAGCAGACUGCAACCCAGGAAAACCAGUCACAAGUCCGUGAGAAAAUUGCUGCUCGGGCAUUUGCUCUACAGUACCUGUCAAACCUCGUUCCUUCAGUCUUUUCUAGUCUUUUGAAUAAGGGGUUCUUCUAUGACAAUGUACACAGAGAAAUUGAAGAACAAUUCCUUCCCUAUGUGAUGGGGAAUGUAGAAAAGAAGAUGGAGAAGAGGAUUCUAGGAAGAAUAGUGACCGAUUUGUUAAUUAACGAGGUGGAGAAAAGGAGGUUGGACGACUUUGCAGAAAAUAUGUUGCUCAGUAAAUCACAAAGUUAUCGAAAACAGAAAACCUUCCAAUUUCCCUCUCAGAAGGAUGAUGAAAGAAGCUAUUUUGGUGCACAAGGACACUCAGAUUGGUCAUGAACUAUGAAGCUUGAAGACCAAUAAUCACCCAAAGAAUCAGGUAAUCUAAAAUAUACAAGAAGAUUUACCAUAAAUAUGUGAGAAUAUCUACUGAAUAUUGGAUUUGUUCAACUGAAAACUGAGCAUCAUUAUGCUAUAAACUUCUGCAACCUUUGUGAUUUUAGUUAGCUGCCAGUUUCCUACUUUGUUCACAUUUUAGUUAUAUUUUUCCUCUGCUUUUGUUAUCAUUUAUUGUACUUGUUAAAAAAAUUUACACUGAUUUAAUUUAGCAAAAUGUACACACAUAAAUGUUAUAUAUGUUUAUCAACAUGCAUCUUUGAUUUUGCUCCUUUUAUCUGGUAUAUUUAGUAUUGUUGCGUUUUUAUUUAUAAUUUGUUUAAUGGCCCCAGGAAUUAUUUUUAAAGAUGAGACAUACAUCAUAUAAACAGAAAUAAACAGAAAUAACUAUUAGUAAUACUUAUUAUUAUACACCCUUUAUGUAGCAAGAAUCAAAAUAUAUUAAAUAUAUCUU